GCAACGCUGUCCCACACACAUCACUAUUUAACAGAAUUUUUGCGCUCGCCGGAUUUAAUUUGUUUUGAUUUGUUUUUGUUUACAUUUUGCUAUGUUGCCGCCGCUCAUCGAGCAGGACGUGCCGCAUUUCCUAACCACACGCAACACCAUCGCCUACUGCAGCCAACUGCAUGUGCGUAAAAGUAAAUCCAGCCUGGUGCUCAGUCGCCAGUUGCGUUUCUACGAGUUUGCCAACAAACAGUUGCUGCAUCACAUCGAUCUGCGUGCCACAUGCCUGCAACAGUUGGAAUCCCAGCUCCAGGCAUACACGGGACCGAUUAGCAGUUUCCUCCGUCGCGACGAUGUGCAGCCUGCAGAUGAUGCGGCCAACGUCACAAGUAGCUACAGCAUGUUGCAUGCCGCCGAAGAGUUGCCGCUCAGCAUUGGCAAAUACGUGUGGCAGGGCAAACACGUCUAUGUUCUUCUCCGCUGUUGGCACACGCUGAUCGUGCUGCAGCGGCCCGCUGCCGGGGGCGGUAGCUUUGAGCUCAUAGCGCAGCACGAACAGCUGGAGGAUUAUCGCUUGGUGCGCGAUGGAACGCUUAAAUAUCAGGCCUAUGUGGAGCUGCAGUUCAUCAAUGGCAAACGCAUGCGUUGCAAUUUCCAGCCACCCAGCAGCAGCAGCAGCAAUGAGUUACCCCCCAGCAGCAACAGCAGCGCUGCUGGUUUUCAGCGAUUGCUGCAACGCGUCCAUGGCGCACGCGCCGAGCUGCAGACGCAACGUGCGCUCACGCAACAGGACUUUGUGCGCGCCCAGGAGCAGCAGACGUUUGGUGUGCCCGCCCAGCGUUCGCCGCUGCUCGAGGAGAAGCAACUGUUGCGUCGCUGUGGCGAUGUCUGGACACGCAUUUGUGGUGCGUCUUUGGUGCUUGGCACGCUGUUGAACAACACGACGAGCAGCGUGCGUCCCUGCGUGUUGCAUGCCCUGCGUCCACUGUUGCACCUCUCGUCGGGCAACGGCUUGAAUUACACACAUCGUUUGUACGAGCUGCCGUUGCAAGCGGAUGCAGCGCCUCCCGAGGAUUACGAUGAACUGGCGCAAUUCUGGGCGUGCCAGGAGCAGCACAGCACCAACAUCAGUUGGCGGCUGGUCACGAGCAACGCACGCUUGCCACCCGAGCGCAGUGCUGUGCUCCUGGUGCGUCUCCAGCUGCACGAGUUGAUUGUGCUUGGCCAGCAGCAGCAGCAGCAAGAGCAGGUCCAGCUAUUGGCUUUAUACGAGUUGCAUGGCCAGCAAACGCGGCAAUUGCAACUGCAGCUGGCGAGCAUUGAGUUGGCGCCACUGUUGGAGCAACCGCAGUUGCAUGUGCCACGCUUUGCGGCGCACACUUUGCAUCAGGACUUUCUCGCCUUGAUCAUGACCCAGACGGCGCAUUGUCCGCUGCGUUUGAAGUUCCCCAGCGCAGCGCAGCAGCUGCAAUUCGAACAGCUGCUGGCCACCAAACUGGAGCUGAGAUGUCACAGCGUCAAGCAGGAAUCACAGCCCCUUCAGCUGCUGGAUGAGGCCACUCCGCCCGGCGACUUUGGCUUUGGCGAAGAGCAACGUCGUGAUCGUCGUCCCCGCUCGACUGUGCAGCGCAUCUUCUACAAUCCAGCGACACAGCUGCUGCUCCUGCACAACGAUCCCGAGCAGCAUUGGCACAUCUACGCAAGCAGCGAGUCGGAGCUGUGUCUGCUGUUGCGUCGCCUGCUGCGCGAUCUGCUCCAGCUGCACUGCAACGUCACGCUGCUGGAGCUGCACGAAGAAGCCUGCAGUGUGCCCGCCAAUGCGGCCUUGUUGAUGGAGUCAGCGCUGCGCGAUGAGCUGCAAGCCAGAGCCGAGUUGUUGCAAUUGCCUUCGAGGCGCGAACAACUCACGGCGAAUGCCUUGAAGCGUAUCCAUCAGCUGGAGUUGGCCAGCGAUCUGCUGUUCACUGUGAUAAAUGGCCAGACACAGCUGGAGUCCAUUCCGUAGUCAUCUAAAUUGUUGUGAUUAGAUUUUUAUACGUUUGUUUUACACUCAAUAAAUGCACAUAUAUAUUUUUGUAUGA